GGCUGGGCCUUGAACAUUUAUUUACUUUGUUUUAGAUUUAUACGACGACGACUGCAGCUUGGACUUUCGAUAACAUUAACAAUGGCUGAAAAAUGGAAGAGCACAGCUCUUCUUGUCAUUGAUAUGCAGAGUGAUUUCAUACAUGAAGAUGGUCUUAUGCGAGUAAAUGGAGGCAAAGCCAUAGUCCCCAAUGUUAUUGAGGCAGUUCAAGUAGCUCGGCGGCGCGGCAUUCUCGUAAUCUGGGUUGUUCGUGAGCAUGACCCGAAAGGUAGAGAUGUUGAACUAUUUCGCCGGCAUCUAUAUGGUGAUGGUAAAUUGGGUCCAACUGUAAAGGGCAGUUUGGGUGCAGAAUUGGUUGAAGGGCUGGUGAUUAAAGAAGCGGACUAUAAGUUGGUGAAGACCCGUUUCAGUGCUUUCUUUAAUACCCAUCUUCAUUCAAUUCUUCGGGGUGCUGGGAUCGAUAGUUUAGUGAUUACUGGUGUUCAGACUCCCAACUGUAUAAGACAAACAGUUUUUGAUGCUGUGGCGCUGGAUUACCAGUCUGUUAAAGUAAUUGUUGAUGCUACGGCUGCUGCUACACCUGAGAUACACGCAGCCAACAUAUUUGAUAUGAAGAAUGUUGGAGUUGAUGCACCAACCUUGAAAGAAUGGUCUGAGCAUGAUGCUUGAUGGUCUACUUGGGAUUCAGUCACCUCGGAGGCACGCAGUAAAAUGGUCAUAUAUAUCUUGUCUAUAUAAGUAUGCUUGUUCCUAUAAGGAGGUGUGUGCUAAUUUUCUGUAUUGUCUCUCUACUCGUGUCGUUGCAGUUAUUCAUAUAGAGGAAAGCUUGUAAUGUGAAGAACAAAUAAUAUGCCCAAAUUGUCAAUUAAAUUCCCUUAUCAUAGAAAAA